GGUCGGACUCCGUCGCAGUCUUCCCCCUCGCCCCACCACCGCACUCGGUUUUCUCCGCGGGGCCCGAUUUCUAGGGUUGCUGGACGCGUUCGAGUUUUCUACUUCCGUUUCGUCAGAAAAGGAGGCGCUUUGGACCCGGUCCAGUGGAACAAUUCGAGGUGCUCGCUCUCCAGUCUGGUUCUCCGGCUCCAGCGGUGGAUCCCCCGCGGGGAGGGAAACGUUUUAUUCUGCUCCCGAAACCUUUUGGUCUUGUCCGGAGUCCGCUUUGUUGAAUAAAAGUCUGCGGAUUAUUUGGUACGGCGAAAGCUUGGGUUUCUUCUUUUUCUUUACGGUAUAUUUCUGUGUCUUUGAGGUUAUCACUGCAAAAUUUGCUCGUUUCUGCUUUGAAGAUUGGAUUUUGUGGGGGGGGGGCUGGUUUCUGUAUUUCAUCGGGUCGGUGAUCAGAGUGACAAACAAAAAGCUGCCGGCUCGAUUGCUCAGCUUGGAGAAAUGUCCGAAAAUAUGGAUGAAAAUAGCUGGCAGGAGAUGCUACGGAGGAUAUUGCCUCCAGGCACCCCCAUCCCGGAGGCACCGGCCAACCUUGAUUACUCUAUUGCCAUCGAGUAUGAUGGCCCGCCGGUGUCAUACGAGCUUCCGAGGGUUGACCCUGUCGAUUUGAUUCCGACGGCUGAGCCUGUGCUUGGCUCUCAUCGGUUGGUGAAUGAUGACCUUCCCCCGGUGGUUGAUCCAAUUACUUUGCCUGUCUCUCGGAUUGCUCGCUGUGCUGACCCCCCACAGCGAAGCCCGCAGGUAUCAGGAAGUUCCGAGUCUGUAGAUUCAGUCUUGCAGAACGGAGAAUUCUCCGAUGACUCCCGCUCGGGGUCUCCAGUUUCUGCCCAUAGCAUGCCGAAUGGGCAGCCUAGCCAACCAGUAAAUGAGGGGAGGAGGGCUUCUGUUGUCACUUUUGAGGAGAAAUCAGAAAGCAAGGAGAUUUAUGAAGAUGUGAAGGGUUCUCCUCAAUAUGUUGCAGUUACCUGGAACGACAAAAAGAAAAGGGUGUGCUAUAGAUGUGGCAAGAGGAAGUGGGAGAGCAAAGAAGCUUGUCUGGUCUGUGAUGCCAGGUAUUGCAGCUACUGUGUGCUUAGAGCCAUGGGAUCAAUGCCAGAGGGGCGCAAGUGUGUUAGUUGCAUUGGCCAGCCAAUUGAUGAGUCAAAGCGUUCCAAAUUAGGAAAGAGCUCGAGGACGUUGUCCCGGCUUCUCAAUCCGCUGGAAGUCAGGCAAAUCUUGAAAGCUGAAAAGGAAUGCCCUGCAAAUCAACUCCGCCCAGAGCAACUCAUCGUAAAUGGACUCCCACUUAAGCCAGAAGAGAUGGCAGAGUUGCUCAGUUGUCAAAUACCACCUCUAAAAUUGAAGCCUGGAAGCUAUUGGUAUGACAAAGAGUCAGGCUUCUGGGGGAAGGAGGGCGAGAAACCCGAUAGAAUCAUCAGCUCUAACUUGAAUUUCACUGGCAAGCUUCAUGCUGAAGCAAGCAAUGGGAAUACUGAAGUUUAUAUCAAUGGCAGGGAAAUUACAAGAGUCGAACGAAGGGUGCUUAAGUUUGCCAAUGUGCAAUGCCCACGUGAUACACAUUUCUGGGUAUAUGAUGAUGGUCGCUAUGAGGAGGAAGGUCAAAAUAAUAUCAGGGGAAAUAUCUGGGAAUCGACAUUGACAAGAUUGGCAUGUUCUUUAUUUUCUUUACCUGUACCUCAUUCAGUUCCAACUGGCUCUAGAAAUGAGGCUCCCUAUGUAGCCAGACCUGUACCUGAUUACCUUGAGCAGAGAGUCCAAAAGCUUUUGCUACUUGGACCACAGGGAUCUGGGACAAGCACCAUCUUUAAGCAGGUGAAGUUUUUGUAUGGAAAUGAGUUUUCUCAAGAAGAAUUGGAGAACAUCAAGCUAAUGAUACAAAGCAAUAUGUACAAAUAUCUAAGUAUUUUACUUGAAGAACGAGAGCGCUUUGAGGAGGAGGCCUUGGCUAGGUUGGAAAGGACAGGCUCACAUGAUCAAAGUUCCACUGAAGGUCAAGUUGAAAGUGAAACUAGUCGGCCAAAUCAGUGUAUUUACUCUAUCAAUGGAAAGUUGAAGCAGUUCUCUGACUGGCUUUUAGACAUCGUUGCCAUGGGGGACUUGGAUGCUUUUUUUCCUGCUGCAACACGUGAGUAUGCUCCAUUGGUUGAUGAGAUGUGGAAAGAUCCUGCCAUACAGGAAACAUAUAAGAGAAGAAACGAGCUUCACUAUCUUCCAGAUAUUGCUGAAUACUUUUUGAGCAAGGCGAUUGAGGUAUCAAGCAACGAGUAUGAGCCUUCAGAGAAAGAUAUACUGUAUGCGGAAGGAGUAACUCAAGGGAAUGGAUUGGCCUUUAUCGAGUUCUCACUUGAUGACCACAGUCCAAUGUCUGAACUCUAUAAUGAUAAUCCUGAUGUUCACUCCCAACCACUUACCAAAUACCAACUGAUUAGAGUAAGUGCCGAGGGGAUGAAUGAAAGCUGCAAGUGGGUGGAAAUGUUUGAAGAUGUCCGCCUAGUAAUCUUCUGUGUGGCACUCAGUGAUUACGACCAACUGGCCGCCGCCGCUAAUGACAGUAGUAAACCUCUUCAGAAUAAGAUGAUCCAGAGCAAGGAGUUAUUCGAGGCGACAGUCAGGCAACCAUGCUUCCAAGACACCCCAUUUGUGCUCGUGCUCAACAAGUAUGACUUGUUUGAAGAGAAGAUAAACCGUGCGCCGUUGUCAUCCUGUGAGUGGCUCAAGGAAUUCCGCCCAGUGAGGACUCACCAGAGCAACCAGAGUCUAGCGCACCAGGCAUACUAUUACAUUGCCAUGAAGUUUAAGGACCUCUAUGUCUCGCUGACCAACCGGAAGUUGUUUGUUUGGCAAGCACGGGCUCGAGAUCGUCCAACCGUGGAUGAAGCCUUCAAGUAUAUGAGAGAGGUGCUUAAGUGGAUGGACGAAAAUGAGGAGAAUUAUUUUAUGGAGGAUUCAUUUUAUAGCACCACAGAGUUGAGCUCCUCACCAUUUAUCAGGCAGGCAUGAUAGAUCUCAAGAGCCGUAUAGCUCGAACUGCUGUGUAUAUUAUCAGUCUUGUGGUCGUUUGAUCUAUCUGAUGUAUAAUCUACUCGGAAAUUCUCAGUUUCUGAAGUCUUUUCUUUUACUUUGCCUUUCCGUGUACUACAAAUGGAGAUUUGGUUAAUUGAUAUUGAAUUGUAAUAAAUUGUUCUUUUCAUGUUUAUGAAUCGUAAUAAAUUGUUCUUUUCAUGGUGAAAA